AUGGACGACAACGAAUUCUUCAGCCAAACAGUUCAACACCUUGCCCGAUGUUUAUCUAAUAUAAACCCAACGCCAUGGGAAAAGGUGAACACACUGUUUAUGCUUUGUCCACAAGCAAGCUCUGCGUUGGUCGUAAAUCUUCGUAGUCAAGAAGCAUGUAUUGCUCUUGGGUUAUAUUUCCUACAGAGUGGUUUACAGCAUCAGGACAAACUACUACCAUACUUCUUGAAGGUUCUCAAAUCUCUUGCAAAUGCCCAAUUUGAGGAACCUUUGUAUAAAGUGAAAAAUGCUGACCGCAUACCAAUGUCAGAAAAAUUCAGCUUCUGCCUCAAUACACUCCUCUCUGAUGUAGCUACUAAACAGCCUUCCCUGAGGGAAGAGAUCAUCACAGCCCAAAUAGAGCUUAUGUCAAAUUUAACAAAUACCAUUAUCAGUUGUCACGAGAACAAAGAUUCAAGCGAAAAUGUGUCUAGGUUACAACUGUGUAAAAGCACAAUACCUGUUCUGAUAGGCUUGGCCAGAUCUAUGGGCCGGUAUUCUACCGUCGAUCCACCUUUACUUUGCCGGUUAUUCCCUCAGCCGAGCAGUCCCGCAAAGACCAAAGAGCCUGAACCAAAUUUCGAAUAUUCGACGUUAGACAAAAAGAGGAAAUUCAACCAGUUCCGACCUAUUAUACCUCGUUCUUUAUCAGGGAAUUUGAACCCUAAUAACGAGCAUUUGAUGGAGAAUGGCUGCGACACCAUUGAUGGAGGUACGUUGAAAAGAGGCUCGUUGCAUAGUUACCAUUCCGUGCCAUAUGAUCCCACUACAUAUUUCUUUCACAAAUUCGGAUCAAGUUUCAACCAGUUUCCAUACAUGAGGUUCUCCGAGUCACCUGAAAAGAGGAUAAGCGUGCAGUUUCUGGUUACAUACCUUCAGUCUAUAUUAUCGACCGCCAAGAAGUUGUUAACUAAAGAACUGCUUGCGUUUUUGGAUGAGGAAGCUGAGGAUAUCUAUGCUUCUGGUCAGAUACAAGUCUUUCCAUACAAAUCUUUUUCGGAAACUCUUAAUUUGGUGAUGGUGACUUUGCUCAGGGAAUUACUGCAGCACCAGAAGGAUUUACCGGGUCCUUUCACAAAAGAUGUACAAGAAUUCGUAAAAUGUCUUUUCCUAAGCGGACAGACAGAGCUACAGAGUCGCCAUCAUGACGCCUCAGAAAGGGAGGACAGAGAAAGCAAUUUUGCCACUGUGAAUAAGUUUAAAGUAAACGUAAUGGCUAAUUCCGCUUGUGUCGAUUUAUUGGUCUGGGCUAUAGGCGAUGAAACUGGUGCCGAUUCAUUAUGCGGUCGUCUGACGGAGAAAAUUAAUUCUAACCACAACCACAAAUUGAUAUUAGCACAUAUGCCGUUGUUGAUGGUCUGUCUUGAAGGGUUAGGCAAGUUGGCGACGAAGUUUCCAACAAUAGCAAACACAUCUAUAUACUGUUUGAGAGAUUUCUUAGUGACACCUUCGCCAAUUCUGUUCAAAUUACAUAAGUUGGAAUUGGAGAAGACCGGCAAGGAGCAUAUGAAAGUUACUUUGCAAGGGAAAGAGCUUCAAGGUCUAACGGAAACCGGUGUUCCUGUAAAAUCUACCCCGUUCGAGAAACUUCGAGACGCGGCUAUAGAGAAUUUAUGCGUGGCUCUAGAGGCCGCUCUAACUGUUGAUCCAUUCUGUGUACCUGCACUAGUCGGAUCUGUUAGUAACAGAUUGUUCACUGCUGAGACUAGUGAUAGCGAAUCGUCACUUAUAAGUACAAACAUAGUUAUAAUGCUGGGGCACGUAGCUGUGGCCUUGAAGGAUACACCGAAAACUACAGAUACCAUAUUGCAGUUCUUCCAACAAAGGUUAUGCCGGUCUCCAUCUUCGCUUGACACCUUAAUAGUUGAUCAGCUUGGAUGUAUGGCGCUAGCAAGCCCUGAAGGACCCGCCCAUGAUGAGAUAAUGAGGAUGUUCACAGUCAUCACAGUGGAAGCUGCGAGUGCAGCAUAUCAUCAUACCGACGAUAGGAAACAAUACAGGCAUGUAUCCGGAGCUGUUCUGAACGCACUCGCUAACAUAGCAGCGAAUGUUCGUGGAACAUCUGCUCGCCUGGAACUAUUGACUCGACUCUUAGAGCUUUUCGUCCAACUCGGUCUGGGAGGUGAGAGAGCGACUGAUCGCUCGCCGGCACCGGUUCUGAAAGCCUCCGGUAGUGCUGGGAAUUUGGGCGUACUUAUACCAGUCAUAGCUGUAAGUGCUAAUAGUUAA